AUGUCUUCUUGGUCCACUUCCUCAUAUCCUCCUCCCCGUCGCUCCCGCUCCCGCUCUCCUAGAGCCUCUCACCCCUCUCGCGGCCCUCCCGACCAAUCAUUUACUGUUGACCCCUACCGUCAGCCUUGGGACAUGCAAGAAAGGGAACGCACAUGGUCCGAAUACGACAGGGAAAGAGCUUCGUAUGAGUAUAACCGUCGCGGUAGGAGUCGCAGCCCAGUAGACGAAACAGGCAGAAAACGGCGCCGCAGGUCUUUGUCACCGUAUGACAGGGAGCGUUAUGACCCCCACCCGCGCUACGGGGAUGACUAUGAUGCGCACUCUCGAGGACACGGCCAUAGAUCACCUCCAAGAGGUCAAUUUCCUCCAUCCUACGCGCCUGCCCGUCGCCCUCCUCCGGACCCGCGUACUCUCGACCAUCUUGCAACUUUGAAACAAUAUGCUGAAUGGUUCAGAUAUUUCCACCCUCAGCAAGCUGCCGAUGAGGACGCUGCCGACAAAGCUGCUGAACAAGAAGUCGGCAAUGGCACUAAACCGCGUAAUGGUAUCAAGGCUCGCUGGGAAAAGUAUAAGAAAGAUUUUCUGGGAAACCAGUUGCAAAUUAUGUUUGAUCAUCACCGGAAAUUCCCUUGGUUCGCCGAGAAAUAUGAACCAUCACCAGACCUAGUCGCUUUGCGACGACGCGUCAGGAGGCAGGGUUGGAAGGGGCGGAUGCAAGCGUUCCUGCAAGACAUGGAGUCUGGAAAGUUUGACCCUGACUAUUCCGAGUCCGUGGCGGAACCGACGUCUCCUUCUAAGGAGUUGGGAUCAAACGGCGAGGCAGCUCAGGACUCGAAUGCUGUCGGACAGCCGGAAGAUCCUAAGACCACUGGGGAUGAUGAUGUCACGUUUAACCUUGAUGCUGAAGAGGACGUUGGUGAUAAUGAUCCUAGCAGAAUAGACUCCAGCGGCAGAGGCAAUACCGAUAAGCGUAGUAAUCGAGGCGAGGAGAUUUCUGUGCCCCCCGAGGGCAACCAGGUCAUGAUCCGUACCAUACCGCCUGACAUUGGUCGCGUCAAGCUUGAGGAAGCAUGCUCUAAAGUUCCGGGAUACGUGUACCUUGCUCUGGGUGACCCUCUGCAGAAACGAAACUAUUACCGGGCUGGCUGGAUUAAAUUCCGCGAUGAUGCCGACAUGACCCUUGUCAUGAACGAGUUGUCCGACACAAAGAUCGAAGGCUUUAAGCUUCACGUGGUUCACAAUACGAAGCCGUUCAUGAAUCGCGUGCGUUACGUGCCAGAGGGUACCAGCAAGCCGGACAGGAUUAAGAAGGACCUUGAGAAUGCCAAGUUAUUGGCUUCCGUUCUGGAAGAGGAGGCGGCAGCGCUGCGCAAGCCAUCGUCAUCCGCCAAUGGGGAAGCAAACGGAGUUCCCAACAACCAUGAGGACUCGACGAUGCAUUCUGGGCAUGACAGCAGUGGUGGCGAGGAAGAAUUAGAACCCGUGGAGAAUGGCUCAGUGGCUGUGGAGCGGAGGAUUGAGAAAAUCAUGAGUGAGAUGCAGGAACGGGGUCUUCUUGAGAAUCUGGACGAGUCUGCAAUAGAUGCCAAGAAGGAGAUCAUAUCUUUGGACAUGUACAUUGCAUAUCUUCGUGCCGCAUUUCACACGUGCUACUACUGUGCAGUGGUCACCGAUCAUGUAGAGGAGUUGCAGCGUAAAUGCUUGAAACACAUGAGGAAGCCGCUUUCGAAGCUCCAUGAUGAGCAGAAGGCAGUCGAUCCUGAGAAGGCUGAGCAAGAGAAGCGCGAGGGUGACGAGGAUAAGGAGAAGUUAGGUUUCUCGUCCAAAGCCGACAGCAGAGAUUGGAAAAAGGGUGGUAAGCUUGUUCCCCCAGAUGAGCGCUGGUUUGAAAAUUUUGACGCUAAAAUCGCCCUUCUGAUCAAUCGAAACGGUGUUGAUCCGCGAGAAUAUGGUGGCAAGAGCACGGACGAGGAGCUGUCUCGAGCGGUUGAACCAUACGUCAAGCAGGAGGACGAAGGUCGGUAUAGGUGCAAAACGUGUUCAAAGUUGUUUAAGGCGACAUCUUUCGUGGAGAAACAUAUCGCCAACAAGCAUGCAGAACUCGUCAAGGGUUUAGAAGAUCUGUCUUACUUUAAUAACUUUGCUCUUGAUCCCCACCGCGUUCAACCCUUCGCGCAUCCGCCCAACAACGCUACAUUGCUGCAAGGUGUACCACCUCAAGCUUUCGGGCUGCAGGGACCACCGGCUUUCGUUCCUCAGGACUUUGGGCGUACUCCCUAUUACGGAGCGCAUCCUGGCUUCCCGCCUGCUGUUCAGUAUCCUAGUGGCGCUUAUUGGGACCAGUUUGGGUACCAAUACCCUGCUGGCUUCGUUCCUCCCAUUCCUCAGCCCCGACGGGAUGAUGCUAUAACUGCGCGUCGACUAAGUGAUCGGAUUAGCGGAUUCGUUGCGGGAUACGAACCCAGUUCAGAAAUCACCAUACCUGUGGGGGCAGGGCUACCUGCCAAACCGCAGGUCUCGAUGGACUUUGCUUUGGGCAAUGGACCUGUGGAUAAUGGCAAGAAAGGAGGGAGACGGGGAGGGACAGGCAGUGGACCACCCCCACCUCCCCCUAAUGCAAAGGAGGAUCCUCGAGCGACUGCUGGGAGGAAAGUCAGUUACCACGACAUGGAUCUGGUAGCGGAAGGGGACGUUGAGUUGACAUACUGA